AUGAGGAGCGAAGCACAGGUGGAGUUAGUUAAGCCCAGCGCCCGCCCACCACAACUUGUUGAGCCCAGCGCCCGCCCACCACAAUCUGUUGAGCCCAGCGCCCGCCCACCACAAUCUGUUGAGCCCAGCGCCCGCCCACCACAACUUGCUAAGCCCAGCGCCCGCCCACCACAACCUGUUGAGCCCAGCGCCCGCCCACCACAACUUGUUGAGCCCAGCGCCCGCCCACCACAACUUGCUAAGCCCAGCGCCCGCCCACCACAACCUGUUGAGCCCAGCGCCCGCCCACCACAACUUGUUGAGCCCAGCGCCCGCCCACCACAACUUGUUGAGCCCAGCGCCGGCCCACCACAACUUGUUGAGCCCAGCGCCGGCCCUCCACAACUUGUUGAGCCCAGCGCCGGCCCACCACAACUUGUUGAGCCCAGCGCCGGCCCACCACAACUUGUUGAGCCCAGCGCCGGCCCACCACAACUUGUUGAGCCCAGCGCCCGCCCACCACAACUUGUUGAGCCCAGCGCCCGCCCACCACAACUUGUUGAGCCCAGCGCCGGCCCACCACAACUUGUUGAGCCCAGCGCCGGCCCUCCACAACUUGCUAAGCCCAGCGCGAGUCAAGAACUGCUGACAGCGCUCACCACCACAAUUUGUAAAGCCCAGAAGGAGGACUACCAAG